ACGAGGCGAGAGCCGCCGGUGCCCCCUGCGCGCUCUGCCUCCUCGGCGCACAGCUCCUACCUGUAGAGUCCGAGGGGCGCCCCCUCCCCAGACACGUCUUUCUCCUUCGGAAACCUUCCGCCCAGCCACCCGCGUCUCGGACAGGCGGCGCUGGGACCCCGAGACAGGGCGCCGGGCUCGCAGCUGGUGACAUGUAGACGCCCCCUCCGCGGUCCAGCUUCGGCGCCUGGGGGUGGCACCCUUCUGCCUGUAAAGUUUGGGGCCGGGCGCCAUGGCCAAGAGCAGCUCCCUGAAUGUCCGCGUGGUGGAGGGCCGGGCGCUGCCUGCCAAGGACGUGUCUGGGAGCAGUGACCCCUAUUGCAUCGUGAAGGUGGAUGACGAGGUGGUGGCCAGGACAGCCACUGUCUGGCGGAGCCUGAGUCCCUUCUGGGGGGAGGAGUACACGAUCCACCUGCCGCUGGAUUUCCACCACCUGGCCUUCUACGUGCUGGACGAGGACACGGUGGGGCAUGACGACAUCAUUGGCAAGAUCUCACUGAGCAGGGAAGCGAUCACGGCGGACCCCCGAGGAAUCGACGGCUGGAUCGACCUGAGCCGUGUGGACCCGGACGCGGAGGUGCAGGGUGAGGUCUGCUUGGACGUUCAGAUGUUGGAGGGCGCUCAGGGCCGCUGCCUUCGCUGUCACGUUCUUCAGGCCAGGGACCUGGCCCCCCGCGAUGUCACCGGCACGUCUGACCCAUUCGCUCGCGUGUUCUGGGGCAGCCAGAGCUUGGAGACCUCAAUCAUUAAGAAGACCCGCUUCCCGCACUGGGACGAGGUGCUGGAGCUUCCAGAGACGCCAGGGGGCCCCGCCCCACUGCGGGUGGAGCUCUGGGACUGGGACAUGGUGGGCAAGAAUGACUUCCUGGGCAUGGUGGAGUUCCCCGCAGCGGUCCUGCAGCGGAGCCCACCCAGCGGCUGGUUCCGCCUCCUGCCCUUCCCCAGAGCUGAGGAGGAUUCUGGGGGGACCCUGGGCGCCCUGCGGCUGAAGGUGCGCCUCAGCGAGGACCGCAUCCUGCCCUCCCAGCAUUACCAGCCGCUCAGGGAGCUGCUCAUGGAGUCUGUGCAGGGGCCGGCAGAGGAGGAUGCCACCAGUCCCCUGGCUGUACUGGAGGAGCUGACCUCAGGGGACUGCCGCCAGGACCUUGCCACCAAGCUGGUGAAGCUCUUUCUAGGCCAGGGCCUGGCCGGGCCCUUCCUGGACUAUCUCACUAGGCGCGAGGUGACCCGGACCGCCGACCCCAACACCCUGUUCCGCUCCAACUCCCUGGCAUCCAAAUCGAUGGAACAGUUUAUGAAGGAACUGGACCCGUGCAAGAUAGACCUGGGUCGCACCAGGAGGAUCUCCUUCAAGGGUGCGCUCUCGGAGGAGCACGUGCGGGAGGCCAGCCUGGGACUGCUGACCGGCUACCUGGGGCCCAUCGUGGACGCCAUUGUGGGCUCCGUGGGGCGCUGCCCGCCCGCCAUGCGCCUCGCCUUCAAGCAGCUGCGGCAGCGCGUGGAGGAGCGCUUCCCGCAGGCGGAGCACGAGGAUGUGAAGUACCUGGCCAUAAGUGGCUUUCUGUUCCUGCGGUUCUUUGCGCCUGCCAUCCUCACCCCAAAGUUGUUCGACCUCCGGGACCACCAUGCGGAUCCCCAGACCAGCCGCUCGCUGCUACUUCUUGCCAAGGCCGUGCAGAGCAUCGGAAACCUGGGCCAGCAGCUGGGCCAGGGCAAGGAACUGUGGAUGGCCCCCCUGCACCCCUUCCUGCUGCAGAGCAUCUCACGCGUGAGAGACUUCCUGGACCAGCUGGUGGAUGUGGAUGGGGAGGAGGGUGAGUUCCAGUGUUUCGGCCGCACCUGGCAGAUGCGCUCCUCCAUCCCGGUGUCGCACAUCCGCGCCGUGGAGCGCGUGGACGAGGGCGCCUUCCAGCUGCCGCACGUGAUGCAGGUGAUAGCGCGGGACGCUGCGGGCGCCCUGCACACCAUGUACCUCCAGGGCAAGAAUGUGAACGAGCUCAACCAGUGGCUGUCGGCCCUGCGCAAGGCCAGCGCCCCCAACCCGGACAAGCUGGCCACCUGCCAUCCGGGGACCUUCCGCAGCUCGCGCUGGACCUGCUGCCUCCAGGCGGAGCGCUCAGCUGCUGGCUGCAGCCGCACGCACUCGGCCGUCACCCUUGGGGACUGGAGUGACCCGCUGGAUCCCGACGCUGAGAUCCAGAUGGUGUAUCGGCAGCUGCUCCUGGGGCGGGACCAGCUCAGGAUGAAAUUCCAGGCAGAGUGUAACAGGGAUACGAGUCCCGAGGCGGAUGCAAGGAGGGCCUCCAGGGCCAAGGAAGGGGCCUGUCCGGAAGCCCGGGGCCGGCAGAGGGAAGCAGCUGGCCGCCUGCUGGAGGUGCUGGCCGAUCUGGACAGAGCCCACGAGGAGCUCCAACAGCAGGAGCAGCAGAAGGCGGCCCUGGGCCCCCUUGGGCACUGAGGCGAUGCCAGAGCCAGCCCAGAAGGACAAGGAAGGAGCCAUCAGGCCCUUCUCGGGGGCCCCCCCCCCCAGCCCCCUUCGGCUGUCCUGUACCUCGUUGAUGCUGUGGCCUGGAGGCAUCUGGAGAUCUAGUCUCUGCCUGAAGUCGGGAACCCCAGGCAGGAAGUCCUCGGGCAGGGGUCUGGCCUGGGACUGAAUGAGCCCCGGCCUCUGGGAGUGGGUAGGUCUCCACCAGACCAGACUGGCCUUGACUCACACCGACAAGGCCAGCCUGGCCCUGAGCGGCUGGAUCCAGCCGUACAUGAAUCCCUGAGGUCCACGCGGCCUUGUUGCCCCGGACAGGCACUAAAGAGGCUCAGCCCCUCCUGCUUUCACGUCUGCCAAUCUGUGUAACCUCACUGAUCCCCCUGAGCUCUGCCUUGGCCGGGAGUCCUAACCACAAGCUUCCAGAAUCGUGUUCCCUCAGGAAUACAGAGGCUCGGAGCCCGGUGUGCCCCACUCAGUCCCUCGGAGCCUGGGGCGCCCUGGGCUAGGCUCUUGUCCCCAUUUUGAGCCUCCGUUCCUGCUGUAUAAAAUGAGGGAGUGUCUAGAUGUGUGGUUGUCAGACCGGGUGCCACGGAGCUGGCUUGGGAGCCAGGGAGCGUUUCUUAGACUGUGGUCCAAAGCUCACCCCCUCGGUUGUCUGCCAGAGAUGCAGACUCCUGGACCCCACCCAGAUCUACUGAAUAAGAGUCUGAGGGAGUGUGGGGGCAGGGGGUGGGAUUUUUAACGUUUCCCAGGUGAUGUGGAUGAACAGAAGAUUUGAAGAUCACAGGGCUGGGAGAUUUUGUGUAUUAGGGUUUGAAGUGAGAUUUUGAGAAUGAAUCACAGAGGGUAAGAUGAGAACCCCCAACUGGCAAAACUGGAAA